AUGUUGUGUUUACUCUUACUACUCUUUGGAUAUGCAUUAUGCAAUCAAACAACUAUUCUUCAGUGUGAUUUUGAAACACUAUGUGAUGAUUUUGAUAUUGAUAGUAAUUGGGGUUUGACUGAUGGUCUUCAUCCUCAAUCGAUUAAUCAUGAUCAUACACUAAAUACAAGUGCUGGUCAUUAUCUAUUCUAUACACCACAAAGUUCACCAUUUCAUGGAAUCGAUGUUACAAUCAAAACAAAAGAUUGGUUAGACUUGUCAGUUGAUCGAGCUGUAUGUUUUAGAAUGUGGUAUUAUACUCCUCGUCUCAGUUUUCCAUUUACUGUUCAACUUGUGCAAGGUGACGAUGAGCAAUUAACAAGAACAGUUGCAUCAAUAGCUGGUAAAGAUCCAACAAUCAAUGAUUGGACAUUAGUUAAUAUAACAUUACCAGCAGAAAAAUUUAAAUUAUUUAUUCGAUUGAAUGUGUCAGCUCGACCUUUAGUAUUUGAUGAUAUUUCUAUUAGCUAUUGUGAUGCAUUACCUCCUCCACCUCGGAUAAACUUGUUUGCAUGUGACUUUGAAUCAUCUUGUACUAAUGAUGUUGUCUCGUUACCAAAUUAUCCAUAUGAAUGGUCGAUUAUGAAAGCAAUCGAUGCUGUUAAAGUAGAAAGUAAAGCACCUUCUACUGAUUUUACAUAUGGUAAUCAAUCAGGACAUUAUGCAUUUGUACCCAAUUCAAAGAUCAUUGAACAAGGAAAUGUUGGUUAUCUUGCUACACGAACAGAGUUUGAUAUUACAGCUGAUAAAUCAUUUUGUUUGAGCUUUCAAUAUUAUGGUUUUGGUCAGCAAUAUGUUGGCAAUUUGAAUGUAUAUGCACACUUAUCAGAUACAUUUCGAACAGUACAAAAGAUAUGGCCACCAAGAUUUACCGAAUAUAUAUACACAAAUGAUAAAUGGACUUGGGGUAUUAUAAAUUUACCAGUUGGUUAUUAUUCAUUAUUAUUUCGUGUGGAUAGUGUUAAGUCUAAUCCACGUUCUUUUGCUAUCGAUAAUAUUUCUGUAACAUCAUGUGAUUAUUCUCCUACAACAUUUCCUUAUGAUGGUAAUCUUCUUUCAUUUUCAUGCAACUUUGAUAAUUUAACUAUGUGUGAAAUGCAGAAUGGCGAUCGUUAUAUUAAAGCUACAUAUAAUUUCAGUGUUGUUACGGGUGAUACUGUUCCCAAUCGAGAAUUAGGGCCAAUACGAGAUCAUACUAGUAAUUCGUCAACAGGUGGUUUUAUCUAUUGGAAUCAACAAUUACCUUUCAUUCGUGGAGAUUCCGGUGUUGUUUGUCCUUUGAAUUUAGUAGAAAUAAAUUUAGGUAUGUGUGUUCGAUUUGCUUAUUAUGUUAAGUCAUUAGCAGAAAAUAAAAAUGGAACGGUAGUAAGCUUAUGGACAGGUUUAUGUGAUAGUCGAAGUUUGUGGGCUCGAUCAUUGGAUGAUAGUCAAGGAUGGCAAAUGGUAGUUGUACCUGUACCAAAUAUCGUCUGUCAAGGAACAUUUUAUUUCUAUGCCCAUCAACUACUAACAAUUCCGGUCUCAGUUGCAUUUGAUGAUAUUGAAAUAGGAUCAUGUGAUAUUCUUUCUCCAACGACUACAACAUCAACAACUACAACUGUUACUACUAGUACUACAACUGAAACGACGACCACUAUCAGUACUACGACUAUAUCAACGACUACGAUAACGACAACAACAACAAUAUUGACAACGUCAACAAUAUCUACAAUUGAUGUUAAAAUAUUAGGACUAAAUGAAAAAUUGUUUGAUAUAUGGCUUAAAAACAAUAUUCAACAAUUGAGCAUUAAUGAAGGUACUUUAUUUCUCUACAUUAAUUCAAACAAAGAUGAUAAUGAUAUCGGAAAAUCAUCGGUUGCGCACAAAAGAAAAAAACAAAUAUUAUAUAUUGGUAUUGGUUUUGAUGAAAUCAAUCAAUCAUGGAAUUAUCGUGAUAGCACGAUACUUUUUAGAAAUUUAGUAGCUAUAUUCACAAAUAUGCAAGUACUGAAUUAUCGACAAUCUUCACUUCGUUAUGAAUAUAUAUCAAUGGAGGGAUUAUCUAAAGUUUCAUGUCCAAGUUUACUUCAGCUGAAUAUUGAUAUAGGAAAUAUUCAUACACUUUAUAUCAAUCUAGGAAGUAUUAACUCACCAGAAAUGACAAAUAUUGAAGUAGAAUACGAGAUGGAUAUUCAGUUUUAUGAAACUGUACCAUUAGGUGAUAGUAAAAAAAAAAAUUUAAAAUUUAAAAAAAAUUGUGUUAAUAAUGCUCUUCCAGAACAAUGA